ACAUCUGAGUCUUCCUCUCCGAGGCGAGCUUGCUUGCAGUGUCUCUUGUCACGGCGGGUUAGUUUAGUAUUGAAUCUGACUUGUCACUAAUGGCGAAUAUGUGUUGUCCCUGUGGUCCACAACCAAAUGAGCCUAAGCCGGUUCCCUUGUCUUUGGCAAGUGGAGUGACAACUUUAGCCUUGGCCAGCAACUUUUGGACCACAAGGCGUGAUGAGGCAGUUCGGCUGAGGAUGGAGGGCUCGGGUCCAGCGUCUGAGACUCCCAUCACCACCCAUCAGAUGUUUCUGCAGACUGUGGAGAACUUUGGGGAUCACCCAGCCUUGGCUUCCAAAAAGAAUGACCAGUGGGAAAUCAUGACAUGGAGGCAAUACUACGAGCAGUGCAGAGCAGCAGCUAAAAGUUUCCUCAAGCUGGGGCUGGAACGUUACCAUGGUGUGGGCAUUCUGGGAUUCAACGCUCCUGAGUGGUUCAUUUCAAACAUUGGCUGUAUCUUUGCCGGGGGUCUUGCAACUGGCAUCUACGCCACCAACUCACCUGAGGCUUGUCAGUAUGUGGCUCACAACUGUGAGGCCAACGUCCUGGUUGUGGAGGACAACAAACAACUGCAAAAGAUCCUACAGGUUAAAGAUCAACUACCUCACCUGAAAGCCAUCAUUCAAUAUAAAGGCGAACUGCAACAGAAGGCGCCGUUUCUGUACACAUGGGCGGAGUUCAUGAAGCUGGGGGAGGAUGUACCCAACAAGGACCUCAACGAUAUAAUUGACUGUCUUCGAGCCAAUGAAUGCUGUACACUCAUCUAUACCUCAGGAACCACCGGAAACCCCAAAGGAGUCAUGUUGAGCCACGACAAUAUCACAUGGACAACCACCACAGCAGGUAACAUGGUACAUCUAAAUUUUACUGAGGAGGUUGUGAUCAGUUACCUGCCACUCAGCCACGUUGCAGCCCAGGUCAACGACAUGUGGAUGAUUAUGAGGUUUGCAGGGACCACCUAUUUUGCAGAGCCAGAUGCCCUGAAGGGAUCUUUAGGACAAACACUGAAAGAGGUGCGUCCCACUUCUUUCCUGGGAGUUCCUCGUGUGUGGGAGAAGAUGCAGGAAAAAAUGAAAGCUAUUGGUGCCAAGGCAUCUCCAAUGAGGAAAAAAGUGGGAGACUGGGCCAAGUCCAUAGGACUGCAAUACAACUACAGUGCCAUGAAUGGGGAGAAUGCGGUUCCUUGGGGCUUCACGUUGGCUAACACUCUUGCCUUCAAGAAGGUGCGGGCUGCAUUGGGCUUAGAUCGCUGUAAAAUAUGUUUCACAGGAGCAGCGCCCAUCACUAAAGAGACUCUGGAGUACUUCAUGAGUCUGAACAUCCCCCUGUUGGAGUUGUACGGCAUGAGCGAAAGCUCUGGCCCACACACCAUCUCCACAAACAGUGAUUACAGAAUUACAAGCUGUGGAAAGGUAAUGCCUGGCUGCGACUUAAAACUUGACAAACCUGAUGAAGACGGGAACGGAGAGAUUUGUUUCUGGGGACGUAAUGUUUUUAUGGGCUACCUGAACAUGCCUGAUAAAACAGCAGAGGCUCUGGAUGAGAUCGGCUGGCUACACUCUGGUGAUCUGGGCAGAUGCGAUCAGUACAACUUCCUGUACAUCACCGGAAGACUCAAGGAAAUAAUCAUCACAGCAGGUGGAGAAAACAUUCCUCCAGUGCCUAUCGAAGAUGCACUGAAGGCUGAGACCCCCAUCAUCAGCAACGUUAUGUUAGUUGGAGACAAGCUCAAGUUCCUCUCCAUGCUGAUCACACUCAAAUGUGUUGUGGAUGACGACGGCAAGCCCACAGACAAGCUGGGCCCUGAGGUUUUGGAGUUCUGUCAAAAGAACAAUGUGAGGACAACCAAGGUUUCGGAGAUCAUAACCAACAAGGAGCCAGUUAUUUACAAUGUCAUCCAGGAGGGCAUAGAGCGCAUCAAUGCCAAAGCCACCUCCAACGCCCAGAAGGUCCAGAAGUUUGUCAUACUGGAGAGGGACUUCUCUGUCGAAGGAGGGGAAUUGACUCCAACCAUGAAGCUGAAGAGGCCGGUUGUUAUGAAGAUGUACAAGAAGAAAAUAGAAGAAAUGUAUGCAGUGACUGAAAAUAAGUAGUUUAAAACCACCUUUACCAAUAAGAUAAGACAGCA